AUUUUCCAAUGGUAGAGGGGAUAACGUAUUAUGCUCCGGCAACUGUGUGCGCACUAGAAGUGCGCAAUGUGAUGUCAACAACGCGUGUGUAUAAUGUAAAUCGUGCCUUUUACGUUGCACAUAUUAGAAGAAAUGUGCAUAUUUUAUUAUUAUUCCUGUAUUGAUGGCGUGAUUUUUUAAUAUUUCAUUCCUUAUUAAUUGUGACAAAAAUACAAUGGCUGGUCAACAACAUCCAUUUCCAUCUGGAUUUCCUAAUGUACAACAAUCUGCAAUGAGAACGCAAUUUGGUGGAGGUCAAAUGGUAUCUGGAUUAAUGGGACCUCAACAAGGUGGUAUGGUAAAUCCGCAGCAAUUUGGAGUUGGUGUAGGAGUAGGAGUAGGUGUAGGUGGAGUUGGAACCAAUGCUAUGGGUAUACCUAGUGCUCAACAAGUAUUAGCACAGCAACAACAACAACAACAAUCUGUUGCAAUGCAACAACAAGUACAACAGAUGCAACAACAACAAUUACAAUUACAACAACAACAACAAGCUGCAAUGGUGCAACAAAGUAAUCCGACAGGCAACCAAGCUACGACACCUCAAACUCCUGUACCACCUACUCAACCACCACCUCAGCAACAACAACAAAAUAAGGAAUUUAACACUGCCAGUUUAUGCAGAUUUGGUCAAGAAACUGUACAAGAUAUUGUCAGCCGCACUCUCGAAGUUUUUCAAACAUUAAGACUUCUUCAACCCCCAACUGGUACAGCACAAGGAGCAAAUUUAGCUAAUGAAAGGAAGAAUAAAGUACAGGAACAAUUAAGAACUCUUAAGUUAUUAUUUAAACGUUUGAGACUGAUUUAUGAAAAAUGUAAUGAAAACUGCCAACUUCAAGGUAUGGAAUAUACACAUAUAGAAAGUUUAAUUCCUUUAAAGGAAGAAUGGGAUAUGAAAUCCGAUGAGAAAAAAACAUCCGAAGCUUAUAGAUUAGCAUGUGAAGAAAGUAAAGAAAUUAUGGAACAAGUGGUGUUAAAAAAUAGGCACCUUAAAGAAAUUAUUGAUCACUUAAGACGCAUUAUUUCAGAAAUAAAUACUAUGUUAAAUAUGCGUCGAUCUUAAAGUAUAAAAUGUAAAUAAUAUUUAUAUAAGUUAUUAAAAAAACUGUGUUGAAAAAUAAAAGUAUUCUUUGCUAUGUAA